AUGUCAGAAUUAAAUGAUAAUUUACGUUGGGCUAAAAUCGGACAUUCACAUUCAAAUGAAACUAAACCGGUAAAUUUUUUAAUAAUAUAAAAAUUAAUUGAACAUAAAAUAAUACUUAUUUUUGUUUUUUUAUAAUAUGUUUAAUAGAACUACUGGGCAUUGAAAUCACCUAAUAAUCGUCAACAUUACAGUGAUGCUUUUAACGUAAAUAUUAGAUAUAUAUUUAUAUGAAUACCAUUUUUCUGGGCACUUUAUACUAAAAUAAACUAAAUAUUAUUAUACAUUUAGACUCUUAAGAAAAAAAGAAAACCAAACAACAACUUGAUACAAAAUGAUCAUAGAAUUGCAAGUCAAAUGAAAAAAAAUUAUUUUACACAAGUAUUAUAUUAUUGCGUUUACGAUUAGAAUCUAUUUUGUAGUACAUUUUUCGAUGCGAUUUUUUAAAUAAUUGUUUUUAGUCAAGUACAAAACCAAAAGGCAGAGUCCAGGAAAAAAUGCAACACACAACCGAUCAAAAUUCAAGAGAACGUUUUAAUAUACAUCCAGAAACUUCACAGGGAUUUAAUAAUAAUUCAUUAAAAGCCAAUUUAAAUGUUAUCAAUGAUGUACCAAAUUGUAGCCAAACGUUAACCGAACCUGGUGUUUUAAAUAGCACACAGAACGUAUCUGUAUGUUUCAGUUUUUUUGUUUUAAUUACAUACCAUUUAAUUGUAAAUAUUAAUAAUUAUUUUGAAUUUUUACAUGUAGCCUGGAACAAGUAAUUGUAAAGCUGAGUCUUGGAGAGAAACAAAUUAUGUUUACGAAAUGAAGAACGCUUGGUUAUCUUAUCUGGUAUAAAUCUAUAAUAAUAUAAUAUUUAUAUAAACUUUAUCUUUAUAAGUGUCUUUGUGCUGACUGACAGAGAAUCAACGCACGGCCUAUACCGCUGGGGUUAGAAACUUGAAAUGUUCAUAGUAGGUAUCUUUUAUACAGAUGGCAUCCACUAAAGAAACAUUUUUAAAAAUUUCACUUUUAAAGGAUAGCAGACAUAGGGUUUUUGGUAUUUUCUUUUAACAAAACUUAAAUUUUAUUUAUUGAUUUAUAGGCUACCUUGACAACAUUAUUUUGGUUGACACAGACAAGAAUAUUAUUAGUAUUCCUAUUAAUAUUUACACUAUGUUUUAUAUUUUUUACUAUAUUUGUGUAUAAUAAGGCAACAAUGGUUAACUGUAACAGGGAUAGGGGAGGGAAUGGAUAGUCACAGGGAAACAUAUUUUAAAAAAAUAUAAAAAUAAAUGUUUAUUAAUUGUAUUAAUAUAUGUUUACUAAUUGUAUUACAUUUCCUCCUGUGAGAGGGGAUCAGAAUAAUCCCACGGAAUCUUUAUCUGUCGUAAGAGACGAUAAAUGGGGUUGCAUCAAGUUGACAGUGUAAAAUUCUGUCAAACUGUAUGAGGAGUUUCAAACAAAACCUAGGCAGAUUUUUUCGUUUCGGAUUUGUGUGAAGAUAACAGGUGAGAAAAGGUACCAUGGUGCAUGACGUUUGCAGAUGAUAUAACUUUGAUACGGGGAAACCUGGAAUAAGUUAACAAUAGUUUUGAAGAAUGAAGAAUAGCACUUGCAGGAAAAGGACUAAGGAAAUGAAUAUGAAUUUGGAGGAACAGGACAAGAUAACUAAUGGCAAUAAGUGGUUAUGAGCUAGGUUGAGAUUUUUAACUUUAAGUACCUAGAAUAUUCUUUGUAAUAGAGCGAUGGCUUUCAGUGUGAUUGGUUAUAGUGAAGAGAACUCAGUGCUACUUAGCGUUAGGUGUUUUAUGUGACCGAGUCAAGUAGAAUUUUAGAACGAGGGUGACCGACUCCAAAUAGUUAGGAUGAAGGCGAAGGAGAAGAAGAAGUAGUAUUAAUAUUUAUGAUCAUUUUUAAAGAAAUCCUAAACACAAACCUUUAGUGUUUAGAUAUGUAUAUUAGAUGAAUCCAGAAUUCAUUUCUAAUGUACGCUGAAAUUUGAGCAACUUAAAAAUUAAUUUUAAAUUUUAAUAGAUAUAAUAUAUACUAAAUAUCUGUAUCUGUUUAGUUUAUAAGAGUGGGUAACUAUAAUAAUAUGGAUAUAUACAAAUAUACCUAAGAGUUAAGUAGUUUAAAUAAUUAAUGUGCAUCAUUACUAUAUCACCUAAUAAUUAUUUAUUUUUACAUUUUUAGAAUUAUUCAAUGACCGGCCAGAUAAUUCCAGCCAUUAAUGUACCCACAAUAUCCAACCCACUUGUGCAAAAUCCAACUGAAGUAAGAAUGUAUCUAUUUAAUAUAGGUUCGGUUUAUCAGUUAAGUAGGUACAUUAAAUUGGCGGAUAAGUGAAUAUAGUCUUUAGAUAUAUUGAUCUGUUAGUUAAACCGUUUAUCAGUAUUAUAAUAAAAUAUAGGUAACAUUAACUGGCAAAUAAAUAUCUAUUAUAGUAAGUACCUAAUUUUUCCUUCGACUUCAUUUUUAACCAGAAGAUAAAAUAAUGAAAUGCAUAUUGAAAUUUUAAUAAAAUGCAUGUUUCUUAUUAUAUAAUGAAUGAUAAAUUACUAAUGAAUAAUAGAAUAAAUAAUAAUAAUAAUACUAGUUGUACUUAUAACUAUAAUCCUAAGUUUAUUUGUUUUAAAUUAUGUUUCAACAAUUAUUAUUGAUAUUUGCACAUGAACUGAUACACCGGACCUUAUUAUUUACUAUAAUAUAUUUUCUUAUAGUAAAACACUGAAUACUCAACUCAUCAGGAAAUAGUUAAUAUUCGACCAAUUCAAUAACAAUAUUGAAUGAUGAUUAAAUGACAUAAUAAUUGAUACCUAUUGUUAAUUAAUUUAACUUAUUUAAAUUUAAUAAUAAUAAUUUUAAAUUUUAAUAUCAAAAUUUACCUUUUAUACACAUACUUAUCGACUUACAUUUGAAACUCCGUUUAUCAUGUUAAUGUAUAUAUAUAUAUAUAAAUAUAGGUACUUUUAUAAUCAUUUUUUUAUAAUAGGCUAGUUAAACUUACACUUUAGGUAUUGCAAACAUUGUUGCAUUGUCACAGAGACUCACGCCAGUGUAAUUUUAGUUAUGGGGAUGUUCUUUCAUAUUAUGUGAUAACUAUGUAUAUACUAGUUACAUUAGAUUAUUAUCGUCAAAAAAUUAUGUUUUUUAUCAUUCUUAUUCUAUACUUAUUAAAUGUAUUUAUGUGUUUAGGUUUCAUGCUUGGAAAGUAAUAAUUUGAAUGAAACUGAACUAUACUGUAGAAAAAGAAUGGAAAUAGCAGUGACUAAUUGGAUGGUUAGUAAAUUUGAUAAAAGUAGCCCGUUAUGA